AUGCUGUCGGAAGUCGAGAAUGUGUUGAAGCAGCUGAAGAGUUGCAAGAGUCCAGAAGACUUUGCGACAUCCCUUUUCUGGAUUUGCAAGCAAAACGCGCUGACAGACGCGACGAUCAAAGAAGUAAUCAACAUUUCCGCCGCUGUUUUUCAACAAGUCGCUUCGGAAACUCCCUUUACAGAAGUCGUCAAAGACCUGCACAAGAUUUUCGAGACCUCCACUAUCAAGCAAAGCUGCUUUCUGGACUUUUUCAUGAAGACGGUGCUGCAGCACUUCAAGCUCUGGCGCCAAGUUUUGACGAAAGACCGCGACAUGACGUUUAUUUCGCGCGACCUGUCGAUUGAGAACCUUGAAGAGCCGCUGUACCCCUUUCCGCUGAACAUGGCGCUGCCGGAGUUGUAUCUUAACCCGCCGCCGCGAAUCGACCCCGAAGAAGACGCCGAAGCGGCCGAGAGCGGCUCCGGAACGCUCUUGAACGAACUCGUCAAUUCAGAAAACGAAAUAGAGCCGAUCGAAAUCGAAAUCCCGAUCGGCGCGUCCGUCAGUCGUGUGGCCCAGUUUUACGAGAAAAUCACGAGUUCGAUGAUGGAAGAAAUGAAGACCGAAAUGGAAAGCCUCAUCGAAAAGAGCGAAAACGAGUUGAAAGAAGCCUACCUCCCAAACAGCUAG